GGGGGGGGGGGGGUUGCAUCUGCUCUGAGCACAUUGUUCCACAUCACCUUUCCUAGUAGUGAACUUAAACAUAGAAAAUUGACUCUGUUGUUUCAGUCUUGUGCCUGUUCCAUUGGUAGCUUCUCUUUUGAUCCUUCUCCACAGUUUUACUAAUCUACUUAGGCUUCAGCAAUUAGAUGUAAAAAAAAAUCAACUAAUGGCUGCAUCAGGGAAAGAGGGAAAACUGCACUGCAGGCAGGAGCACGAGCUUCAUUUCUGAUGCUGAAGACCAGCAUGGUCCCAUAUUAUGAGCCUUUCUUUCUGACCCCAUUUUCCACAACUAGGAGCUGUGGAGCUGACUUUCUUUAAUCUAUGCUUAGCUGUAGGAUCGUGCUGUCAAAUCCAAAACAGGAAGUUCUGGUUUAGCAUCUCAUUGCUUUUGUUAUGCUCAAUCAUCUCGUGCAGAGGAAACCAAAAGUUGCACUUGGCUGUGACAAGGUUUUUUCCUGAGCCAUCAAGACUAAAAGUCUUUCAUUUCAUUUCUUGUCUUCUUUCUGUCCCUUGGCUUUUUAUUAGCAAAUAGCAAUUCUUUUAUAACUGAUCAGGAAAUUAAGAAAUGGAGAGAAAAAACAAAACCAUAUUAAAAAUGGGAUUUUUCUUCCCUUUCAGGUAAGGACUCAGAAUUAUUCUGUGGCAGUUCUUAAUGCUUUGUUCUGCUCCAAGAAAUAAUGAGCUGAUCUGUUGUUGAGUUUGUUUGUUUCUCUGGCAUGCUGUGGUUUCUGUUGGUUUUCUUUUGCCUUGACCUGUGAGCUGGAGGCAGAGAGAAGAGGUCUUAAAGUGUCCCUGUGCACGCUUCUUCUCUCUUUUCAUUCUUCUCCCUUUUUUCCCCCUUAUUCCCACCCCAGUAAAAACAGAGCCACAGCUCACAUCACCCAGCUGUUCUCUGCUGUGAAAGCUGUGAAGAAAAAGCACCAGCCAGGGUACAGCUCCUCAGAUUUUCAUUCAGAGCUCUUUGGAGUUUGGAGAAACGUGUUUUGAUGGCCUGAGGAAUGUGGCUGAACACAUUAACCGAGCUAAGCAUGCGGCAGCUUGUAUCUGGGAAGGUGUAAGCCACCUGGACUCAAUUUAGGAAGAGCCUUGGUCAUGGUUGCUUCUGAAUGUUAAGUUUGAAGCUCAAAUUACUUUUGACAAGGCUGGAAAAAACACCUUAAAUCCUUAAUUGCAGAAUAAGUUGAAGUUGGAAGGACAAAGGAAAUCAUCCCUCAGUGUCUGUGGUUUGUGGUUUCCAGUGUUGUUUGGCCACAGUUUGCAUGGCAAAGGACUGCCACGAGCAGAGGAGACAGUGGAAGGCUUUGUUGGUAGGGAGCUAAAGUGCUUCAAGCUGCAGCUUCUUGCUGCUUGCAAUGGAACCUUCUUUGCAUGUGUUCUUCAUCCAGCUUGUUUUUUUGUUUUGAUUUUUAAUGUCUAACUGGCUUAUUUUUGCUGUCACAACCAGCAUUCAGAAACAGAGCACAACCAGCUGGACCUCGCUUUCUUUGCCUGUUGCUGUCAGCACACUUUUUUUGGCUUCCCACUCUCAGACCUCCAGAGAUCCAGGGAAGGAUUUUGGCUCUUCCUAGCGGUACCUGCUCUCAGCCAGGCUGACCAAACGGCUUCAACCCUGUUGCCUCCUCUGCUGGAGGAAAUAGGGCAUCUGAAGGCUGUGUCACAGGUUGCUGUGUUGUUUUCAUUAGGCUUUCAACCGUGGUCUGAGAUUCUGCACUUCUGACAUUUAUGAACUGAAUAAUGUCAUGCUUCCUGGUGAAAAAUCUGAUAAGCUGACAACCUCGGUAUUGAAAGAAUGCAUGUGUGUAGCCUGUAAAGCAGAGCUGUCUGCAGAAAGGCAGCAAUUUUCAGACUUAGACAUAAAUGGCCAUUUUGAUUAUGCACCAGCUCACCAAAUUAACUACUUAAUUAACUGAAUCAGUGUCAGUGUACAUGCUCCUCUGUACCAAGUCAUAGCAGCUUCCACAUUUACAGGUGCUGUGGUUUGUAAGCAUGCUGCCAUCAGAAACUGGCAGCUGGUUUUAGCACUUAAUGAGUAAACCUCACUGCUGAUGGGUUCUCACACAGACUUAGAGAACAUCCAUGCAGCUGUGUGCUUUGCUGUUUGACAUACCCUCUGACUAUUCAAAACUUCUUGCUUGAAGUACAUCUGAGUUAUGGGUAAUGAAAUAGAACAGUUAAUUCUGAGGAUGGGGGCUUUCCUUUCUGGUUCUUUAAAGAAAAAGGCAUCUCCAUGCAGGAGUUCUUUGACGACAGCUGCUGCGCUGCAGAGGGCACCAUGCAUUGCUUGCAGCUCCUGCAGGCAGCAAAUUACAGCUGGUUCUGAGAGCAGGCUCCUUGUCUGCUAGCUGGGAUGCUCUGUCCUGGCUCACUGAGUUUGUUCUCGCUGAGCUGGACCAUUGAGUUGGGUUGCAAGAACUCAAGAGUAACAAGGGCUCCAUCCCUUCUUGUGGGGCAGGAAAUCACAGUGAAGCAUCCCUUCAGCUGCAUUUUGGCAGGUGCUGAAGGCUGCAGCAAACAGGCAAGAUGCAUCUGAUGUUUUUCCAAACCAUGUGAGCCUCUGUUAGCUGGCUUCAUGUGGGGAAGUCCCUGUGAGUGGGAGGAUGCGUGUCAUUUAAGGAACUUGAAGUAACAACUCGUUACAGCUUUUUUUCUUGUCGCAGCUUCGUCCUUGUUUAAUCCCUUUUUAGUAGUAAAGAAUAGCUCUGUAUGCCAAAGAGAGGAGAGGUAGCUGAAGUGGAGGUGGAGAGCAAAGUCCGUUGUGAAGAUUGGGUGCGCCUUGUCCAGCUGUUUUUCAGCAGAAAUGAUUUUCUGUAGGUGUCGUAGCUUUUGUCCUAAAGGCAACACAAAACUCCCAUCUGAGCCCUGCGUUGGCCAUCUCUGUUGUUGGAAAUUCCUUCAGCUGCGUUUGGAGUCAGCCAAACAUUUCAGUGAUGACUGUUAAGGUCUGCUGUAAGGUGACUGUAAGGUGAACUGUAGCCUGUGAGGACAGCUUUGCAGGGGCUGUCUCUGAAAGCAGGAUCUCACUGCAUCCUGCUGCCUGCUCCCAAGCCUGAAGGUUAAUGGACUCCCUUUCUGUGGUGUGCUGCAAGAUGACUUUUAAUCUUGUCUCCUCUUGCCCAUGAGGUGCUUAGUGUCUGUCCACUUCCCUAAAUAGAGCCAUAUGUAUAUAUGUGUACACACACACACACACACAUUUGUAAUUGGAGGACGUGGCACUUAACAUCAGUGCCUUGGCUUUCCUCAGUUCUGUCUCCUGUUUGCUGCCGCUAUAUUGUGAGUAGUCACAGAAGUUUGGGAUUUGGUCACUAAUUACUGCAUCUGCAGUACAAGGAAGAGCAAUUCUGUAUCUGCCUGUGAAAGGGUGCUGGGAUUUGAUGGGAUAGGCUAGUUGGGGAAGGCCGUGGAGCAGGGGGACAAGGUGCUAUUGGAUACAGCAGCUCUGUGUGAAACAAAUCUGCAGAGCAUGCCUCGGAGCCGUGGUGUCUGACCAGAGACACCGGGCUGUACAGCAGAUGACUUUCUUAGUGAGGCUGAGUCCUCUCAUGGGUGAACUUACAGUUUCCAAAUUUGGGCUUCGCCUGCCGGUUUUUACACUAGUCACUUUUUCCUUCAAUGAUGCAACUUCAUGCUGGAGGAGGGAGAGAACUAAUUUGGGUGAUUUCAGCUCACUGUGCUGGGAGGGACCAAACUCAAGGAAACCUCUGAUCUAUAUACACAACUGCUGCAUUUUUUAUAAAUAUAUGUAAAUGUCCUAUUGUAAUAUUUGAUCCUGGAAAUAAAACAAACUGUUUUCACUAGCUUUCUUCAUUUCCUGAGAUUUUGUUCUGUUUGAUUUUGAACUAGAGUCUGUCCCUGCGUUAUAUUGAGAGGUUUUGACUUUUUCCUUUGUGGGGUAGAAGGAAAGGAAGAGAAGGACUUCCCUGUUUCUAUGUAUGUGACUGUUUAACCCGUUCAUACUCCCCAAAAGGCUUUGGAAUAGGGUAACUGUGUCAGUGCCAUGCUGAAGCCUUAAACCAGUGUUCCCUGUCACUCGUUUCCAGCAUGCACUCGAGAGAAGUGUGAAUGUGUUUGGCUUGGCGUGUCCAAACCCAAAGCUUUCUCAGGAGUGAGGAUGCUCUUUGGGAAGAUACCAGCAUGUGAAGGAUGUGCUAGCCAGCUCUCCAGGGCAGUGUUGCAAGAGAUUUAGUCUUGUGUUUUCAGCACGUGCUCCUCUCCAUGCUGUGGUAAAGGAGCCAAGUCUGUGAGGGAGGCUUGCUUGUGCACUCCUACUGAGCUCUUCAAUCCAGCUUAAGAAAACCUUUCCCAUUCUGACCAAGUUGAAAAUAGGAUGUUAUCACAGGCAGGGAGCUGUGGGGUAGAUCCAUAGGGUGUAUGUCACUUUUUUUUUUCUUCAUGUGUUUUUUCUUUCAGCAGAUCCAACUUUCGGCCUUCUGACUUUUAUGGGAUUGGUUUAUCUCAUCUGGAGCAGUAAUUUAAUGAAAUACCUGAGCAAGUUAAAGCAAAUGCCGUAUUGUCCAGGUGCAGCACGUUGCUGUUUCUUCAGUCUGGGUUCUAACCCCAAACUCAGCAUGGGUCAAAGGAGGUCACCUUGGCAGUGAACAUGCCCACCUGUAGGUCAGUUUUAGUGGUGGAAACCGAGUUAUGGAUGCUACCAGGAGGAGCGGGAGAGACACCGAGUUGUGCUGAGCACAACUGGACGUGAAUGUGGUGGCCAAAACCUGGGCUGCAGAGAGCAUCAAGUGUGGUGGGAUAAAACAACCUGAACAGCUCAGAUAAGUGUUGGUCAGCAUCCUUAAGGCUGUGACCUGCUGUCAGGGGAGGAGUUGGCUUGGGGAUCUCACUGGGGCAGUAUGGCUAUUCAUGGAGCUGCACUUGGCAGCAGCUUGGCUGGGUGACUUGGCAGAAAGUUAUCUGACUAAUUGCUGCACUUACACUUCCAUAAUCGCGUUCUUAAGCCAAGCAGGGAGUCAUGGUGCUCGUGAGCUGCUCCAUUCUGUGCUAAAAUUAGCUCUUUUUUAAAUUAUUAUUAGAGAACUGAGCUGGGGUGGCUGUAAGGAUCAGCAUUGUUGGGAUACAGAUCCGGCUGACGUCUCAUGGGGAGCGGCUGUGAGGUGUGUGGGAAGCUUGCUGCUGUGACGUACAGGACAUGAGAUAAAAUUGCAACACGUUUUCUUCCUGUAAAGUGGAAAAUGCUUCCCCUCAACGUAAAAAGUAGAGAAAGGAGAAAUGGAAUUAUUCCCUGCUGUCAGGUAUCCUACGUGAGAAUGCUUGCUCCUUGCUGCCGUGUGGAGCCUGAGGGCCACAGCUCCAUUUUCUGUUUCUCUGGUGGCACAGUGUGCUUCAGGCAGGUUUUAUAGUCUCAGUGUCCCUGUCCAGGUUGGUCUGAAAGCAGAAAAAGCCAUUUUGAACCAAGUUGGGCAAUACCACUUGCACACAUUAGGUAGAACAAGUUGGGCUGUAUACCAUGUAUAAUGUCUUGGAGCGGCAUGGUACCUGUGGCACUUCCAAAUGUUCUAUCCAGAAAUAACCUCUGCAUUAAUGGCAGCAGCCAGCUGAGGUCUUGAGAGUGAUCUUCUGCUCUGAAACACUGCAUAAGAAACAGCUGCAUCUGCUGCAGCCUCUGACACGCUGCCUCAGUGUGAUGAGUCAGCACCAUCUUGCUUAAAAAUGAAUCCCCGCGUGCAGCAAGGCACCAUUGCAUUGUGCAUCCACCAUAUCCACGUGGUAUGGGCUGAGGUGAGCAGCCAGGCCCUGCAGGAGCACCCUGCAGCUGAGCAAUGCAUUGCUGCCACUCCUCUACCGGCUAGAGGACCUACGCAGGAUUCCUCUCCGUGCUGGACUUGUGGCAGCAAGAAUUGAUGUCUUUUCUCGCAGUUUGCAUGGCUGGUGGGUCUCCCCCUGCCCAGGGAGCUGUGCAGCUCCUCCUGUUUUCGUUUGCUUUCUGGAUCUGCUUCCCUUGAGACAGUUUCGUUGUGAAGGAAACGGUAGUGCCGCUGGUGGGGGCUGCCCCGUGCGGAGGGACAGUCAUCCUUCCUCAUGAGCUGCUGGUUUUGUGGAUGAUGGUGAUAUGACUGAUGCAGUGGGUGGAUGUCUGGGAUGGGCAUCAUAAAUAGGACCCGUGGGAGAUGCCUCUCAGUGUUCUUCCAGGACAGAGCUACUCUGGGGAAGGGUGAGAAGCUCUGGUUUCACACAGCCAAUAUCUCCCACGUUUGCUCCCAGGUAAGCCUGGAGGAUGGUUUCUCCAGAUACUGCUUGAAUCCUUUUUGCUUUAGGCCAUGGACUGAUUUCAUUUCUGUCAUUUCUGUGCUGAGCGAGGGAGGAGAUUCCCCCAGGGAGAGGGAGAAGUCCCUGCUGAGGCCAAAGGGGGACCUGCAGCAGGCCUGAGGUUGGAGCAGCCCCCUGGGUGAGCUCCAGGGAAGGAGGAGCUCUUCUGGAAGGUCUACAGAGGGGUGAAGGACUCAGUGCUGGGUCCUCCUGACUCUAGGUGAACAACAGGAAGGAUGAGAGGUCUUGGGUUUGUUACAAAAGUGGGAAUGAUGGAAAUCAGAAAGGAGAUAGAGCUGCCUCGGAUGGAUGGGUGGCAGAGCUGGCAGUCUGCCUUGGAGCUCCCAGCUAACAGCAGCGAUGCCCUGACAUUGGGUUGGCAACCCCAAUUCCUCCACAGGAGCAGGGCUGUGAUGCAGCUCUUCCCAUGGAAACAACCACGCAGCACCCCAUGGGUUCUGCUUCUGCAAAGCCAGAGCCGCCACCUCCUCUCUUUUCCAUGCAGGUUGGUAAUGUGUGUAGGGAGAUGCAGCCGCAUCGUGGGCCCCUGCUUGCUGGUGCUGGGCAUGCUCUCUGUGGUGGCCAGCAUCCUGCUGCUCUUCCCUGGCGGGUCCUGGCAGUACCUGGUGGAUGGGCACAUCAGCAGGAGGGCAAAGAUCAUGCCAGGCACCUGGGGAGGCGGCAUCAUGGUGCUGCUGGCAGCUAUCCACAUCACCGCUGUGGGAUGGCGAUGCGCCUGCUGCUCCGACUGCGGCACCCGUCGGAACGCCUUCCUCUCUGUUGUCCUCUCCAAGCUGGCUCUCCUGGGCUCUGCUGCCUGCUUCUUCUUCUCGGGGCUGGGUCUGACUGAUGGCCCUCUCUGCCUCUACAACACCACUGAGCUCAGCAAUGGCCUUAUCUGGGACUACCCCUUCGUGGACACCCCUAGCAACAGGGCCUUGGAGAAUUUCUACCUGUUCUACCCGAGCACCUGGGGCACCUGCCUGGAGCCGGUGGGCAUCGUGGCAUGGCACGUCACCUUCUUCUCCCUCCUGCUGCUCAUCAGUGCUGCCGAGAUGGUGCUAACCUUCCUCCAGAUCAUCAACGGCUGCGCCGGGUGCCUCUGCGGCUUCUGUGAGAGGAAGGAGGCAGGGCUCUCCCAUGUGCCUGGGGUGAGGUGAGACCAUGUUUCCCAGCUGUGGCCUCUCCUCCCAGCAGGAGACCACUCCUGCUCACCCCAUGUCUUCC